ACUACUCCACGAGAUCAUUCGACAGUACAAUGGCAGAAGUUGCUCCAGCAGUCGCACCGGCCCCGGCGAAGGCCCCCAAGAAGAAAGCGGCCAAGCCGGCCAAGAAGAGCGGACCCGGCGCCGCCGAGCUGAUCCUGAAGGCGGUCUCCGCCUCCAAGGAGCGCAAGGGCAUCUCCUUCGUGGCUCUGAAGAAGGAGCUGGGCGCCAAAGGCUACGACGUGGAGCACAACAAUGCCCACAUCAAGCGCGCCAUCAAGUCCUUGGUGCUGAAGGGGGCCCUCACGCAGACCAAGGGGACCGGAGCGUCCGGGUCCUUCAAGGCCGCCAAGCCGGCGGAGAAGCCCAAGAAGGUAGCGGCGAAGAAGCCCGCAGCCAAAGCCAAGAAGCCCGCAGCGAAGAAGCCCGCCGCCGCCGCUAAGAAACCAGCCGCCGCCAAGAAGACCGCCGUCGCAAAGAAGCCAAAAGCGGCCAAGGCAACACCCAAGAAGGCGAAGAAGCCCGCGGUCAAGAAGGCUACGAAGAGCCCUAAGAAGGUGGCCAAGAAGGCGGCGUCGCCCAAAAAGGCAGCAGCAGCCAAGAAGGUGGCGCCCAAGAAAGUCGCAAAGAAGGUCGUCAAACCCAAAGCGGCAAAACCCGCAAAGAAAGCUGCCGCCAAGAAACCAGCGAAGAAGUGAGUUCUUCACGUCUGAACGUACUCAACCAACGGCUCUUUUAAGAGCCACCCAAAUCCACCAAAAAGAGCCAUUUUCCCGAAU